AUGGGCAGGCCCCGGAAACGAAGAAGAGAAGAUGUGCCACCCGAAGAAGCUCCAGACGUCCAGCCCGAGCCCAGUCCUCCCAUUGAUAGCUUCACCAUACCGACAUUUGGAGAUGGCGGUUUACUUCCGAAUACCGACCUCGCCUCUGACCUCUCUGGAUUUCCGGAUGUAGCCAUGAACAACACAUUCUCACAUAGUAUAAUACCACCGUCUUAUAUCGAGAGCUUUGGACCUUUGCCAGCAUACGAGGCCAGUCAUGGUAUGGAUCCAAUAGACCCGUUGCUAUGGGAUCCGCCACUGAAUGAUUCGGAUCUUACCCCUCAAGCCAGUUCUACGCCUGAUCAACAAAGUACUGGCCCGUGCAGUUGCCUCUCUCUCAACUACCUUGCGCUUAGCGACCUUCAAGCCCUCAAAAACUUUGCGUUUCCUGCUGUCAUUCCACGCAUUCGACCCGCCCUCCAGACCGCGUCAACCAUGAUCAAUUGUACCAAGUGCCCCAUGGAACCUUUUAGCGCCAUCCAAAACAUGCAGUCCUUAACCGCUCUGCUUACCGCAAUCGCGGAGCGCUUCCAUAAAAUACUCGCUGGAAUCGAUGCCGAAGCCAUUCGACUCGAGGAAAGGCAGGAAAAGAAGACGUUUCGUGUGGGCGACAAUAGUCCCGAGAACAUGCAUCUGCAUACGGGAACGCUAGACUGUCCCAUGGGGUACGAUAUAAAUCUUGACCCCCAAGACUGGAAAAAGCUGGCGAAGCAAAUGCUCAGAACAGAAGUAAUUGGAGGCGGGCACAAUCCGAUGCCGCUUCUCGGGUUGGUAGAAGAACUGGAAAAGCGGCAACACAGAUGGCACCACGAUGUUAGCAUGCAUACUGAAGAGCGGAGGAAGCUUUUCGGAGCCGAGAAUUUGUGCAGAAAUAAAGGCGAUGAAGCGAUGUGUUUAAGGAUGAUUGGGCACAUCCGGAUUAUGGUGGAGCAAAUGAAAUGGGAGUGA